AUGGCAGAGAAAAUCAGUGAUCGCUCCUACUCCUCACAGACUGAGAGCGCUGAGUUCGAGUCUGUGGCCGACAAAGCUCUUUCGGACGUAUCGUCUUUGGCUGGAUCAGACACUCCCGCCGACGGAGAGUUGGGGAUUUUGAUUGAUAGCCUAGAUGACUCUUCCGAACUCUUGCCAAAGUCAGUUGUGUCAGAUUUAAAGCGAUCGUUUUCAGGGUUUCUGACAAUUCAUUCUGAAGCUGUCUAUCGACAACCUUUGUCGCCUGAAGAAGCCAAUACUCGUUUGCCAUCCGGCGGCGGUGGUCUAGGGUGGUACGCGACGAUUGUGCCAGAUGAAUUCGUGGUUGACGGAAAGCUAAUUCCAGGGCUGAACAGGAAAGACUUCGAUUUAGAUUCGAAGACCAUUAAACAAAGACGAGCCACAAUUCCUGUUAAAGCUACCGACUUUUUCGGAUCCCUUACCAAGGUCGAUAGUCCGUCAGGCUCUCGUCAUGUAUUCUAUGGUGUUUUGAAUGGAUGGCCUGGGCUCCGCUGUUUUGAGGUGGAACGAAUCGAUGAGCAAAAGCGAGGCUUGGUCGCUACGCCCAUGGAAUUUUUUGGAAAGUCGAAGUGGGCAACCAUUUGGUCAUCCUCCGAUAGCAAAAGGAAUUGCACGGAACUUCAGAUUGCUGAUUCCAGGCGUGUCCAUCGAGUGAAACUUCGGGCCGCGCCAUGGACAGCUUUGGGCUGGUCACGGACCAGCCCUGGUUACGUCUUCUGGUACGAACCGUUCUCUCUGUCGGGACCAAGAGUAUCAUACGGUACCGACAUGCUGCAACAAGUUGCGGAUGAAAAAUGCCAGGCAAUUCACAUGGUUUCGCAUCGUUAUGCAGUAAAGCGAGAAACCCCAAGAAACAAGGUAACUUACCAUUCAUUGUGCCUGUUGGAAUGGGAACACGGAACAUACUGCACUGUUGUUGAAGCAGCAUAUUUAAAUGGCAUCGGUGGGUACAAAGGAAAAAGUAAUUGGUACGACGACCGUGAUGAAGGAAUUACUGCUUUAUAUCGGUCGCUGCCACCCGAAAUGAUUUGUCCUUGGCGAACUACUUCGGCUGAAAUUCGCUGCUACGAUGUUGAAUCAAAGAGUCUGGAUGAGUUUAAAGCUUACAUUGCCAAGUACGAAGGCAACGACAAGCGUUUUAUUGACCCGCAUUUUUCCUCCUAUCCAGCACGCCUUACAUUUCGAUCAAAGAAAGAUCUCGCCCAGUAUCUGAUCAACUACAUUUCACGUGACUCGCGAUACGGAGAAUUAAGGCGCAACUGCCAAACUUUCACCGCAGACUUUUGCUCCUUCGUUGCUGGAAAGCGUGGCAUAGUCCCAUUUCACCCCGUGUCUCGGGUAGAAUACAAAAAUCGCAACCAUCUUUUUCUAUACGACAGCCACUUGUACGAAAACAAUAAGGACGAAAAGACGGAUAAAAAACGAAAAGGGUAUCUUUCCUCUUUCCGCUAA